UAACAGCAGCAUUCUGUUCUCAUGCACUGCAGCAUCCACGCACUGACAAGGAUCACAUUCUCCCUCAUUUUAGAGGGGGGGGGGCAUGUUUUGCCUGCCUUCCCUCUGGCACAGAUUGCAUUGAUGCAACCCUACCUUGGCUUCAUCCUUCAAAAGAUCUGGGCCGGCUGUCUAGCUCCAUCUUAUCUUCAGGCUGGACUCCCCCCCCCCCUCUCCGCUGCUGUAAGUGGUUUGGCCAGACCUCCAGCAGAGUGACAUAGACAUGGGUUGUAAACACUCUGGACAGGGCCAGUGGGCUGACAAUGGGGUCAAAGGGCAUGACCUGUCCCAGCUCAGCCGCCAAGAGGCGUUGCAUUUCAUGGGGGGCAGCUAUGAGCAGCCAAUCACGAUGCAGAUUGAGGGACGACACAGGAGAGGGAGAAGAGCUCAUCACUCCCAGUACCCAAUGUCAGACUGCGGUAUCCAGAUGGAGAGGCCAUCCUGGGAGGCUCUGAGGGCCCUAGGGGUGGUGGAGGGGGCUGGACCCAGCCUUGGGGCCUACGCUCCUGGACCUUACUACGAUGACAUGCCCCUCCCACCAGAAAUGUACGCAGCCAAUGGAUACCUCUCCAGUGUUGCCUACAAUCUGGAGGACCUUAACAGGACAGAGUAUGUUGACGAUCCAGAGCGCUGUCUGAUUGGUUGCUGUAACACUGAUAAUGAUGAGCCUAGCAGCUUCCUGAGCCAGAGCGAGUAUGAGGGCCACUGGCUGGACAGGCCUAUGGGCUACCUGCCCCUGCACGAGCUUGACAGCGGCCUCGGCUGCACCGACGGCAGCCUCCACCAGGGGGACCCGUCUGACCCAGAGACAGAGGAGGGGGUAGAGGCCCCUAUGUCCUCCCCACCAGGACACACCAGCCGGGGCAGCUCUCCCUCCUCUGAGUCCCUCCUCUCCUCAGAGGUCAGUGACUCUGGAUUCCACAGCGUCAGCACACGGGAGUUCCGCCACUUCCAGAAGAUUAUAGAUGGGAGGAUCCACAACUACCGGAGCCGCGUGGUCCCACGGGAGAAGAGAUCAAAGUCUCGCUGGGACCUGGAGUCCAUCCCUGAGACCCUGACCUGUGACCUCCAGACAGGCAGGGCUCCAGAUGGAGCUCACACUUUCAUGAGCCACCAGUGCACCAUGGGUGGUAGCUCCAUUCAGGUCCGCGAAGCCAUGAGCCCCCAGCAGACCAGGCAUGGCACCAGGUCUGCUGCCUCCAGCUGCCAUACUGAACCCUGCCAGAGGAGAGCGCUGAUGCUGAACCAGCACUCCUCCGAGGACCUCCCAAGCCGCAGCCACACUGUGCAUGACUUAUCAGACAGGAGACGAGCCAGUCACCCUGGCCUGCCCUCUGGGAACAAUGCCAUAGAGAUAUAUAGACACAUAGACAGACAACUGCCCAGCAACCCAAGCCACCUAGCCGUACCCACUGAGAACUCUGGCACAGGACAAUACAACAGGGGGUUCAACACAGACAUCAUUGAGAAGAGGAAGCAUCAGAGCAGCCAUGUGGAAGGCCCCUGGCAAGGACUAUAUGUGGAGGACCACAGAGGCAGUAUGGCCAGUGAGGACUCUAACAGUCAGAAACAGUGUCCUUCCAAGAGUCCCUCAAGGAAACGGCCUGGGAAGCAGCUAGCAGACUGGCGUCAGUUUGCAACACUGGGACAUCCUCAAAUUGGUGGGGACUGGCCCCAAGCAGACAGCCCCUGCGGCCCCCUCUACAGCACGCUGGACGGGCUCUAUGCCCACUCCAGGAAGGGUCUCUCUGGGAACCCCCGGGCAGUGAGGAACCAGCUCCUGAAGGCCAGGGCCUCCCGGCUGGCUGACGAGCGCAGUGAGGUCACCACGGACGAGGAGGCCCGUGGGGAUGUCUGGGCAGGCCGCUACUGGAGUAGGACGGAGCGCCGGCGCCACCUGGCGUUGGCCCGUGAGCAAAGGCAGAGGAAGCUGAGCCGUGGUGGGCCUGAAGGAGCAGCAGAGGACGGGGCUGGAGGAACAGGGGGUGCAGGGGGGCAAGGGGGUGCAGAGGGCCCUGGAGGAGGCUGUAGCACAGUGCUGGAGCUCAGCCACAGGAAGCAGAGCCGUCUGAGGAACCAUGAACUGCUGGAUGACUGGACCACAGUAGAGGAGCUGCUGACCCACGGCACCCGCGUGGGGGAGGGGGACAACAUCCUCUGUCACAGCCCACUGCUGUCGGUCACUACAGUAUAAUGACACAGUGAGAUAAGGUGUGUAUGAGUGAUUGAAGAGUUUGACUACGUCUUGUUCUCCACACAUGUUCCUGGAAACAACUUAGAGUAGUAGUUGUCUAAUGUCUGGACCAAUGACAGUACGAUACAACCUAGAGCAGUAGCUGUCUAAUGUCUGGACCAAUGACAGUACAAUACAACCUAGAGCAGUAGCUGUCUAAUGUCUGGACCAAUGACAGUACAAUACAACCUAGAGCAGUAGCUGUCUAAUGGUCUGGACCAAUGACAGUACAAUACAACCUAGAGCAGUAGCUGUCUAAUGUCUGGACCAAUGACAGUACGAUACAACCUAGAGCAGUAGCUGUCUAAUGUCUGAACCAAUGACAGUACAAUACAACCUAGAGCAGUAGCUGUCUAAUGUCUGGACCAAUGACAGUACGAUACAACCUAGAGCAGUAGCUGUCUAAUGGUCUGGACCAAUGACAGUACAAUACAACCUAGAGCAGUAGCUGUCUAAUGUCUGGACCAAUGACAGUACGAUACAACCUAGAGCAGUAGUUGUCUAAUGGUCUGGACCAAUGACAGUACGAUACAACCUAGAGUAGUAGUUGUCUAAUGUCUGGACCAAUGACAGUACGAUACAACCUAGAGUAGUAGUUGUCUAAUGUCUGGACCAAUGACAGUACAACACAACCUAGAGUAGUAGUUUAUUGAUUUAUUUUUAUUUCACUUUUAUUUAACCAGGUAGGCUAGUUGAGAACAAGUUCUCAUUUGCAACUGCGACCUGGCCAAGAUAAAGCAUAACA